GAAGCCGACUUGCAUCGCAACCGGCAGCACGUAUUGUUCCAAACACGAAAAAUCGUGCCAAAUAAAGUAUUCCAAUUCAUAUUUUGUUACAAUAUUGUGAACACGUGAAAUUUGAGGUUAUAAAUGUGAAACGGAAGCUUUUAUUUGCCAGACAAUUCUAAGCAUUUUACACGGCUGCGUUACAAAGUUGAUUUAACCUGUAAGAGCCAUGGAGGAGGGUAUGAAAGAAAUCAAUUUGGACUCAAUAUUGGAAAGUCUCGGCCCGUACGGCCGAUACAAUCUGCUGAAUUUCGUACUUCUGCUUUACCCUGUGCUGUUGAGCAGCUUCUUCGAGUGUGGGUUCAUUUUUGAAGCCCAGGAGCAGUAUUAUAGAUGUGAGGUGCACGGCUGUGAGCAGAGAUUCAACGAUACCUCUUGGCUUAACUACACCAUACCUUUGAACCCCGCGACCUUCAAACCAGACCGGUGUCUGCGAUACGCGCCAGUGACCAAUGAUACCAACCUCCAGUGUCAGAAGGAAGAGUUUACUAACUUGACUGUACCAUGCGAGAGCUACGUGUAUGAAGAAGGACACUCUUUUGUUAAAGAGUUCAAUUUAGGUUGCCAGGAAUGGAAACGAGCCUUGGUUGGGACGAUCCACAAUUCUGGAAUGUUCAUGUCGAUGCUGUUUACUGGAGCCAUUUCUGAUAGAUUUGGAAGGCGAGUGGCCGUGGGCUUUGCCUCCCUCGGAAGUCUGAUCUUCGGCCUGUCCCGGGCUUUCACCCCGACUUACAUAAUGUAUGUGAUCAUGCAUUUCUUGGAGGCAAGCACUGGAGGGGGAUUGUAUGCGUCUGCUUAUGUUUUUAUUAUCGAAUUAGUCGGAAAGAAGCAGCGCGUCAUAGUCUCCGCUAUGUGCAACAUGGUGUUUGUCAUUGGCGUGGUCCUCAUCGCGCUCCUUGCCUGGGUGGUUGACAACUGGAGGACCUACGUCAUCAUACUGUACUGCCCUGCGAUCCCAGUCAUCAUCUACAUGUGGUUCACGAACGAAAGUGCCAGAUGGCUCCUCAGCAAAGGCAAAAAAGACGAAGCUGUGAAAGUCCUCAAAAGGGCUGCCAAAAUAAACCGCCUAGAUCCUCGUAAAUUAGAAUUAGAUAGCUUAGCAAAUCCACUGUUGAAACCACAGAAUCAGACAGACGACAAGAAAUCGCAGCUGUCGAAAGCUAUACGAUCAGUGAUCAUAUGGAAAAGAUUGUUGAUAUGUUCGUUUAUGUGGCUGACUUGUUCUUUAGUGUAUUACGGACUGUCUAUAAACUCAGUGUCGUUGAGUAGCAACAGGUAUUUGAGUUUCAUGUUAGUGGUGUUAGUAGAAAUACCUGCAUAUGUCGUGGUGGUGAUUGUGCUGGACAAGUACGGGAGGAAGAAGACGUUGAUCACCACAUUCAUCAUCUGUGCUGUCACCAGCUUGCUGUUCGCAUUUUUGCCAAGAUCGGAUCUCUGGUCGCUGCCGCUGUACCUCAUCGGCAAAUGGAGCGUGACCUUGGCCUACAGCUCCGUUUACAUCUACGUUUCGGAAGUCUUCCCCACCAAUAUGAGGCAGACCUUGAUCAGCGUGUGUUCUACUGCCGGUAGAAUUGGAUCUUUACUUGCUCCUGUGACGCCAUUAUUGUCCCAGUACCACAAAUCCAUGCCGACUGUGAUUUUCGGCAUCAUGGCUACACUAUCCUGUCUCCUGGUGUUUCUCUUGCCAGAAACCAGGAACAUGAGACUGCCAGACACGAUCGAAGAGGCUGAACAGCUGUGCGGGAAAAACAAAGUGAAACGAACAGAAGAUGUGUCGUGAAUUGCGAAUGACUUGGCUGCGUUUUGCCGUGCACCUUAAUUUGAUAAACAGCUACCAAUGUGAUUAAACGUCACUGACCUGAAAUUAUGAUGCGCUCCAUUCAUGUUAUGUUUUCAAAUGUAUUUUUGAAAGGUUAUUUUUAAUUAAGUUAGAUAUUUUUUUAUCUACAUAGAGUCAUAUAAAAAUACAAAAUUCAUAUUUUGACACUCUCACUUGAUUGUGUAAUUAUUCAGCGUAGUUAUUAAAAUAAUUAUUUCAGGUCAGUGAAACUUAUAGAUGGAACACUUUUGGAUCUGAAAAUAUUAUAUCUUCGAAAUAUUUAAAAAGUCGCAUUUUGCAAAAACCAAACUUAAUUCUAAACACAAACACAGGCAUUUUAGAUAUGUUUUUUGUUUUCUAUUUAUUUAAAUUAAAAACAUUGCGUUUUCGCUCGUCAUAUUUUCUCAAAUUUGUAAAAUAAAUUCUUCACAAUAAAUUUAUAGCAUAGCAUACAACUAUUAAUUUAAAACUCCUGAACUGUUUUUUUUUUUAUUGCACUAUUUGACUUCAAUUGAAUCUACUUCUAAACAGCAAGCUUGAUUGGUACACAAUUUAGCAGUUAUACCUAUUUAGUACUGUAAUUGCAAAAUUUUAUAUUUUUUGCAAUCAAGCGAGUAAUUAUUUUGUUGCUCGAAUUAAGAACGACUUCCACUACUUUAAUAAGUCAAUUCACACUGGAGACCAGAGACGAAGACCAGACAAAGCUAAUUAAAAAUGUGUCAUGUCUCGUCUCGUUGUGAACUGACCCUUAGUGAUGCUUUGAUUGAUCUUAAUAUUGGCAUAAUGUUUCACAGUAUAAUAAAAUUAGAAGAGAGCGCUGUACGCCAUUUUGAUAUUUAUUUCAUUUAUGAAGUUGACUUGUUCUAUUUCUGUUGCUAGGAAAAAAGAAUAGAAUACUUUACAUGUAGAAUCUUGAUAAACUUAUUUAUGAAUAUUUUCAAUCAUAAAUAUCUAUAUAAAAUAUUGUUUCGCAGACCGUGUCACAGUGUCUAAUAUAUAUAGUAGGAAAUAAUGUAAUGUACAAAAUACUGCAAAAUAUAACAUUACUAGCUUUUGUCUGUAACUUUGUCCGCGUGGUUUCUUUUUUCGCAAUAAAAGGUAGCAGAUGUUCAGUGGCUUAGGCGUGAAAGUACGAAAACAGACUGGGUUACUUUCACAGUUAUAACAUUAGUAGGGAUUAAUGUAAAAUUACAUUCACGACUAAAAAAAUUUUGUAAUCAUUGGCCAACGGUGCCACAGAUAAAACUUGUUUUUUAGAGAUACAUUAGUAUACCCUAUUUUUAUUUACAGCGACUUAAUCAUUUACUUAAGUAUUUGUAGUUUUCUUACUAUUUUACAAAAUUUUAUAACUUUUUUAUUACUAUUUAUCUUAACAGUAACAUUGCAAGGAUUUACGCUAUUAGGUAUAAAAAUAUAUUUAAAAAAAAGCAGUAUUUUAGUGAUUUAACACAUAAGUGAUUUGAAACAUUUUAAUUUAUUCCGAAUCUAAAAUGGGACCAAUUAUAUAUGUAGUGAUUCAGGUACUAUAAUUCCUUAAAAAAUACAUAACAAAUUAAAAAGACAAAAAAAAACAGUUUUGAAAAUUUUUUUGAUAUCUUUUAUCGAUUUAUGAUAAACCCAAAAAUA